AUGGCGGUCAUGCCUUGCUUUGAUGAAACGGAAUUUGCAUUUGAAUCAUUUGUCUCGUGUGGUCUCGAACACCUGCUUGGUUACGAUAGCUUGACGACACUGCUGAUUACCUUAACAAUGGAAGAGACACUUUUAGAAAGUAACAGUCAAUUUCGUAGGCAAGUAAACAAAAGGGUUCUUAGCAUCGUUCGAGGAUGUCUGUGUGACAAUGCAAAGGCACAACCAAGGUUGACAAGUUGUUUUAACUGUCAGUCCAGUGAAAAGAAGCCUCAGCUUAUAGAGAUAAACGCCUUCAUUGAAAAAAUUGAUGAACAUCGCAUGGUUCAAUGGGAUAAAUGUUGUAUUGGAAAGAGCUGUGAAAGGCUAUUCCUGAACAUUGACAGAAGUUUAUUUGGGUAAUCUGUUAUUGGUGUAUUUUCAAUGAAUUCACGCGACUUUUCUGGUGAGCUUCUGGAAAUUUCAAUACUCUAUACUGAGAAAGAUCUUUGUCUUCGGCUUGAAAAGUGUUUAAACAUGGUGAUUUCGUGGACUUAACAUGUCUUAUCGUGGACGAGGAUACAGUAACCAACAUCAACAGCGUCGAGCAUUGGCUAAUGGCGUGAGACAAGCGCGGCCUUUUCCAGCCGAUAGUAACAGCGAUCUGGAAGACGAUGAUCAUGUCAGACUGCCAGAAAUUGAUAGAGAUAUCAGGGAUAGAAAACCGCAAAAGAGAGAUGGUAAACCUAGCUACAAUAGUCGCAUUCCAUUGCCAGCAAGGAGCAACGAAGGUGCAGCGAACGAGCUCACCGCAGGUGAUCCCAGAAACUUCAGAACACGAAAUUAUAAUUCAUUAAAUCCUGAGUUUCCUAAUAAUUCUACCCCAGAUCCAGUAACUAGAGAUCAGCGAAAAAGUCGAGUAAAUGCUGUCAAGAAAAUUACUUUCUAUCGAAAUGGGGACAAACAUUUCAAAGGCGUUGAAAUGGUUGUGACUAGGCAACGCUACAGAUCUUUCGAGACGAUUGUAGAUGACCUUUCGAAGGCAAUUCCACUUCCGUACGGAGUAAGAAAUGUGUUCUCGCCUGGUGGAAGUGUUAUUACAGCUAUCAACCAGCUAGAGGAUGGAAGACAUUAUAUCUGUUCCUCAGGAGACCAACUUAUUAAAAAUGUGAACUACGGCGAAAAAAUGAAGGACAAGUCUCGGUCCCUCGAUGUGGAGAGCUUUUCUGGAGGAUCUUCGCAUUCUUCCUCGAGUAGGGAUUCAAAGUUUGGCGGGAAUUCCGACAGAAAUCCGAAACCGCGCGUGAUAACUAUCGUGAGUGAGCACGACAGAAACAAGAAAUGCAAAAUUUUGUUGAACACGAAAACGGUUAAAAGUUUUGAUGAUAUUGUGAAGGACAUUUCUGACAUGUUGAAGUACUCAGUCAAGGAAUUGCGCACUAUGGAGGGAACAAAGUGCAGACAGAGCCAAAUAUUAAGUGUGAAAAGUCUCUCACAGUUGUAUCGGGAUGCUGAUACUUUCAUUGCUAGUGGCACAGAACAAGGUUCUAAGAGAAACCUAUCCAACCCAUCAUCUAACAGCAGUAACCAUUCAGGAUCUCCGCCUCAAAGAAAUCGUUUGCAGAAGACUAGGAAGAAACCAAGGGAAGAAUCAUCUGUAAAAAGCCAAGUUGUGACCAUAAAAGUGAAAGGACGAGUGCAUACCUACCAUCACACAUCAGAUUUAGAUAACUACACAAUUGACGAGUCUCCAGUAUCACCACCAGACUCCAAGCUGCAACUCUCAUGGGUAUAUGGAUACCAUGGCAAAGACAGUUACAAUAAUUUACACAUCUUACCAUCUGGAGAAAUACUUUACUUUGCUGCCACAAUGGUGGUCAUAUACAACAAGUCAACAAACACUCAGCGCCAUUAUACUGGACAUGCUGAUGAUAUUAAAUGCAUGGCAGUUCAUCCCAAUCAGUGGUAUCUUGCAACAGGACAGGCAUCUGGGCUGUCAGUGGACCAAAAUGAACUUAGUCAUAUCAGGAUCUGGGAUGCUGAGACACUCAUCACAUUGGCUGUUCUGGCCCUUCAGGAGUACAGUUUAAGUGUUUCCUGCCUAGCAUUUUCUCAACAGGAUAAUGGGAAACAACUGGCCUGUGUGGACUCACUAGAUGAUGAACAUCAUCUCACUGUAUGGGAAUGGGAAGAAAGGGUAAUAACACAACAGAGCAAGGGUCAGUCUAGUGCUAUUGUGGCAGUUGUCUUUGAUCCUGAUGACAGUAAGACUCUUGUCACUUGUGGAAAGGAGCAUGUCUAUUUCUGGAGACUUCACAACACAAGACUAGAGAGGAAAAGUGGUUAUUUUGAGAAGUAUGAAAUUCCCCAGUUUUUUACAUGCUUAGAGUUUUCACCCAAUGGAGAUGUCAUUACUGGUGACUCUAAUGGUUCUAUCACAGUUUGGGGAAAAGUAUCAAAGAAGAUCAAGUUUGUUGUUAGGAAUGCCCAUGAGAAAAGUAUUUUAAGUCUAAGGUUACUUGAAAAUGGGACUUUGUUAAGUGGUGGCUUGGAUGGCAGACUUGAAGCUUGGGAUGCAAACAAAUAUUUUAACACACCACUGCAAGAAAUUCAGCUGGACAGUAAUUUUGGGGGAAUCUGUGCUAUUGAACCAUUGCAUUCAGGCCAUGGAGAUGACAUCAGUGUUCUUCUUGGAGUGACAAGCAAUGAUAUUGUAGAGGGCUCUCUAAAUUCUUCAUUUCAACCAAUUGUUGAGAGUCAUAAGGAUGAAGUUCAUGCCCUUGCAGUUCACCCUAAUGAAACUCAGUUUAUCAGCGCAUCUCUUGAUCACACAGUCUCUUUGUGGGAUGCUGAAACCCAUCAGAUUAUUUGGUCAAUCAAUGUGGAGUUUCCUGUCAAGUCAGCAGCUUUCUAUUCCACGGGUGAUGUGUUAGCUUUAGGAACAACUGUGGGCAGGUGGAUUGUAUUGUCAUGUGAAUCAGGUAUGCACAUUGCUUCAUUUCAAGAUGGAACAGACCCUCUGUCUGAUCUGGAAUAUGCUAAAGAUGGAGAGCACAUUGCUAUUGCCUCUCAGGAUGGCACUAUUUCUGUUCAUGCAGUCUAUGAUGAGGGAACAACUUACAGGAGAGUUGGCACAUGUUCAGGGCAUAGUGUACCAAUUAUGUUUCUGGAUUGGUCACUUGAUGGCUGCUUUCUUCAGAGUUUGUCUGUUGAUUAUGAACACAUUGUUUGGGAGAUUGGUGGAUUUCAGAGAGAAGAAUCACAAGAUGUCAUCCGUGACAUUGACUGGUCCACAAGAAGCGUCAUGUUAGGAUAUGAUGUAGCAGGAGUGUGGCCUCCUCAACCAGACGAUGGAAAUUUAGUCAACAGUUCUGACCUGUCAUGGUCACGUGACAUUUUUGCUGUAGGAGAUGAGUUGGGAUAUAUCCGUCUGUUUAGAUUCCCAUGCAGUCAACCAGGGGCUCACUAUCACCAGUGGCGAGGCCAUAGCUGUCCUGUCACACAAAUGCUUUUCCUAUCAUCAGACACCUACCUGAUAACAACUGGCAGUCGUGAUUUCUGCAUUCUUCAGUGGUCAGUAGAGGGAAAGCUUCCUGCUUUUCAGGAGGAGGAGGAGGAGUAUCACAUGAAAAAUGACAUGGUCCAGACUAGUGGGCAUCCAAAGGGAAAGCAGAGACUUUCAGAAAAUGAGAGUUACCAUUCUGAUUAUAGUGCUGAGGAGCAAGAAAACAAUGACUAUAAUGAAUUUUCUAAAAAUGCAGCAAGAGGCAAACAAGUGACUAGGCGACAACAGCCCUCUGAAGACAGAUAUGCCAAUGAAGAACCUCCCAAUCAAAGACAUCCAACAAGGAAGAUGCAUCUCAAUCAUCCAAUGGAUGACCCUAAACCUGGGGGAAGAAGUCCUCGACGCAAUUUCCCAACCCAGAACACCAGAUCACAGCAAGGAUCAUAUGCAGAGAAGAUGACAAAAAAUAAAGGUGGUAGUAACGCAAAGUGGAACCAUCAAUCUUCUGAUUAUCCUGGGGAAGAGUCUGCAGACAUGGAUCAGUAUUCUGAUGAGGAAAGCCCAAGACAGCAUCAAGGACAUGGUGGUAGGCGUGGGGGUAGAAGCCGCCAUCCAAUGGCAAGAGGACAGGAUACAGAUUGGGAUAGGAGGCAGCGAAGGUAGCAGCGGGGCAAGAGUAAUAAGACUAAGACUAAAACUAAAAGUUUUUUGUUUUUUUUCUCAACCAUGGGUGAGACUAGCUCUGGGUCAAAAUAUGGCACUGCUAUCUUCAGACACUGGGUGCACAUCACAGCCAAGCUCCCAAGGAAGAGGGCGUAACCACCAAACUGCUUAUCCUUCAUGUUCACAAAUCACAUACGAUUGACAAGGAAUUCUACAGCCAAUGCAUUUGACCAGCUCCCCAUGAACACAGUUUAUGUCUGCAGACAUGGAUCAGUAUUCUGAUGAGGAAUCCCCAAGACAGCUUCAAGGACAUGGCGGUAGGCAUAGGGGUAGAAGCCGCCAUCCAAUGGCAAGAGGACAGGAUACAGAUUGGGAUAGGAGGCAGCCAAGGUAGCAGCGGGGCAAGUGUAAUAAGACUAAGACUAAAACUUUUUUGUAUUACUGAAAUUGGGAAUAGAGUCAGAGAUUAGGUAGUGUGAGUACUAAUUGAAAGAACCAAGGGGAAACUGUUUUCUCUAAACCUGACUUAACUUUUAGCAUGUUUUUCUCCAAAAGAAAAACAAACAAAAAACCAGACCAAAAAAAGCAAAGAGCAAAUUGCUGAGCACUGUUUUUCUAUUGAAUUGCUUGCUACAUGCCAGAUUUAGAGAGGGGGGGGGGAAUGUACAGAAACUUACUGUUGAGUAGAGUUUUUUACUAAGCCUCUUUAAAGGAAAAACUAUUGUGAGGUAAGCUAUAUUUAUUUAGGAUGACUCUGAAACAUAAAAGAUAAGUUACCCAUAUUUAUUUAUCAAUGUAACUUAGGUAUAUUUAAUUUUAUGCUAUGAUUGUGUUUAGUCUUGCAAGGUAUUUAUCCAACUUUUUGUAGCAUGCUCAUUUGAAUUGAUCACGUGCUGCAGAAUUUGUUCUCUUUUCAUGGCAGGGUUCGUACACUUUUGACCUGUUAAAAUUCCAUGACUUUCCAUGACUUUUUCCA